GCAGUAGUAUCCCACACGCCGUCGUGCGGGGCGCACUCGCGAGAGUCUCAACGCCGCCCCCUCACUCGCUCUCGUUCGAUAAAACCGAAGCCGUUGGAUUCGCGGUGUAUACGUCAUAAUCCUGUGAAUAACGACGAUUCGCAGGAGUAGAGUGAAGUUCGCGAAGAAGAGCCCGAUGGUAGGAGCUGGUCGAAAAGCUACCAUGCGGCGAGUAUAAUACACGACUGUGAGAACGAGAGAAAAGAUAAUGCGGCAGAGGGAAGCGGACUACGUCGAGGCGGUGGCGGCGGUGGCGGCUGCUGCUGCUACUCAUCGAUCGCGAUGACAGCGGGGGCUUAGACCCUGCGAGAGGUACGCAAGCCAGCCUUGAUUUAUCGACUCAGCGCGACGAGGAGCUAACCGACACUAAGGCCAUGGCACUGGUGAUGCUACCGUGUGACCUGCCCUGGUGGUCGGCGGUCACCAAACAGCUGGACAGAGCCGCUGCGGCGAGAACCUCGGCUGACCUCGUCGACGCUAUGCAGAGAUUACACGACAUGUGCAAUAUCAGCCUGGAUCCCGAGGAGGACAUCCAGGAGCCCGACCUAUUCGUCGGUCUGGCUCGUUACCUCGACGAGGACCUGAGCUCGACCGAGCGCGAGCACGUCCUCACCAAAUCGAUACCCAGGAUAGCGAGCCAAGCGAAAGCCCUUAAAACGCACAAGCCUCCGCAAGGACUGCAUUUCAGUUUGCAGCAACAAGGUGACACCAUCGAGCACAGUUACGCGUUCGUGGCGUCCCUUAUUGCCAACGCUUUCUUCUCCACGUAUCCUAAGAGAACCCCAAAGACUCAUCCUACUUUAAGAGACUUUAAUUUUACGAACUUUUUUAAGCAUCUUCAUUUAAAAAGCCAAAAAGCAAAAUUACGCGGAAUCUUCCAGUACUUCGACUACCUAGACAGCAGAGGCGAGAAAGCCCUUGACGGUAACCUUCUGAUCUCCCGACAGGUUCUACUGUCGCGUCAAUGGUUGACCAUCGAGGACUGGCUCGAGAGUAGCCUACCCUUGUGUCCAUUGACAAUCCGACACGAGGGUCGACUCGAUCGGGCUGAACACGAGGCCAAGGCCGCGAUGCAGGUCUGCUUCGCAAGUCGGAGCCUCGGCAACGGGGUCCUCGAGGCUGACGCCACCCAAGAGACUAUUCAAAUAGCGACACAUCCUGAAAUGUUAGCUGUCAUGCUAUCAGUAGAAGCUUUAGAGGAUAACGAGGCGUUAAUAAUCGAAGGCCUACGACAUAUAUCCAGGAUACAAGAUCCAAAACAUCGGGCUACAUUCGAAGCGAUACCUGAGCCUAAUACAAUAAUGGUGUGCUGCAUAGAUGCGGAAGACUACUCGGACCUGCCACUGGCCCAGUACGAGGAGGACAACGUCCUGCGCGAGUUGAACAAAUCAUUGCUAGGCUUUAGACAACGCAGGCCACCGCAGAGCCCGACGGAAAACGACCGACAAGACGGCGAGGGUGAGACGGGACCAGGAACUAGACGACUGUCGCCCAUAGGCGAGAGCUUCAGCAGCGCGUCUCCAGAGAUCGAUGACUCGGCGAGAAAAUGCCACAAUGCCAAGAUCAACAGCAGUGGGAGUCAAGCAUCCGCAGCAACGCAAUCGAGCGAAACCGGCCGAACUCGCGGCAACGGCUCGUCGACGCGAGCCGUUAGUCCAGGUCGAGUUCUCAAGGUCAGCAGUACGGGCAGGCGGAACCGAUUCAUCGUCCUCGGCUCCAGCGGGGAAGCUCUACCCGUCACCCGUAAAUCCAUCGCGCAGACCAGCGUCUACGACAGCUGCAACAGCCAGAGCACGGAUAGCUUUCACAGCGCUAAGGACACCAUCGACGAGGAACCUGAAAACGAAGAGGAAGAUCAGAAGCAAUCGAGGCGAUACAGUGCUCAGCUCGAUACCCCAGAACGAAGGGGAACGUUCGCUCAAAGGCUGAAAGAUGCUUUGAAGCGCGAGAGUUCGGCAACCGGUACGACGUCCACCACUGACUCGACGAGCGAGAGCAGCUACGCUGUUGGUAUCAGCAUCGCUGGCAGUCAGGUCGCGGAUCAGAAUAUCAAGGUAAAGAGAGGAGGUUCGAGAGGCUUCGUGCUGCGGGAUGAGACCGUGGACGAAGAAUUUUUGAAAGAAUCCCUCGAAGCCGAACAAAAGUGGCUCGGCAGAUUUCGACAGAGUCAACCAGCCAUGAUGCAGCGCAAGGAGGCCGGUGCCAGCAGUAGAUAUAGUUUCAGCACCGAGUACAGUUCUGAUUUCUGCUCAGAGCUGGACGAAGUAUACGAGCAGCUGUCAAAGUGGCUGGAGGAUCCUAUAGUCCCGAGCAACGAAACGCGUGAGCUGGACGCACGCGACAAGGCUGUGGUGACGUUCGCCGGUUCUUUGUUGAAACGUGCCCUUAGCGAAUCGUUCGCUGGCGUGCCUGUCCAGGAGGGAGAACCUCAACCGUUGUUCGAUAGCAACGACGUCCACCAGAGGCGCAAGCUCGCACUGGCUGUGCGAAGCUUGAGCCUCGAGCUUGCAAGGCAGAGGAGCAGGAAUCAGCCGAUGCAGACCAACGAUGGACGGAAUCGCGAAUCAGAUGACGAGGACACAUUCGUAGAUGCGCCUCAGGGUGAUCCAAAGAUGUUCCGCGACGCCAGGAAGUCUCAACGUCGCAAACUGAUGGCCGUCACCUUCACCUCCGAACUAUUUCAGACUCUGUCCGAGGACGAGGCGAUAAUCACUCUGCCCUCGCGAAAAUCCACGAAGAACAAGAAGGUGCCAUUAUCACGAAUAUCUCGAGAGAGCAGUCCGCAGGACGGUGGCUUGCUGCCCGUGGCCACAGGAAACUGGGGCUGCGGUUCACGGCUCAAAGGUGAUCCGCAGCUCAAACUUGUCAUACAGUGGCUAGCCGCAUCCUUGUCAGGAGCUCCCAGACUGAUAUAUUACACUUUUGGACACUCUACUCUUACUAAGCUGGACACAGUGAGCCGAGUUUUGACGGACCGUCAGUGGUCAGUGGGUGAUCUAGCAGCGGUGGCGCUGAGGUUCUCGGUACAGACAAUCGAGAAGAGACUCGAAGGUCGCAACAGCCUCUUCGAGGAGCUCAUAGGCAUGGACAAGCCAAGUCCUUAACCCGAAGAAAUGCUCUCCGUUCUGGUCGAUCUACUCGCUACGAUGAUCGAGGACGGCGUCACCGUCUACGUCUGAAACUCCCGCUUUGGUUGACUUUUCAAUUGAGUCGCACAUGCUUGAUAUGCUUGGUCGGUUUUAACGACGAGACGUGUAUUCUUUCAGCCACUGAGAGCAAUCAGUUCGUCGUGGUCUUGACGAUGAAAAUAUCUGAGAUGAGAGUCGAGGGUUCAUUUUCCAUCGGGACGAUUUUGUUGUUCACCGAGAUGUAAGACAACGUUUUCAAUGCAUUAUAUGCAGUCUGUUUUACUUGGACACAAAUUAAUGAGAUUAUAAUUUCUAUUUUGAACAGAUUUUACAAUUUGUUUGAUUUGCGCAAUCGUGUUAUACUUAUAUAAUUUAGCCAGAGAUUAAUUCUUUACAAACUGUUGUAAAUUUUUUAACAAAAUAAUCAGUAUGAGCGCUAGAAACAGCAGCUACACGGGUCUCAUUGUCUAGACUUACAAGCCUAAUUGCACGAAAUCAUUGAAUGUGAUACAUGAAUGCGCAAGAGGUGAUUCUAAGCUAUAUGGAAAUACACUGAACGCUUUUGUCCAUGCAUUUCAUUAUACAUAUACAUAAGCUGUGCGUGUUUUAAAAAGUCGUAACGAAAUUUUGACAGGAACGGUUAUAGAUUACAAGUAUAGUUUGCAACGCCGAGAGCAUGGUUUUGCUUUUGUCAAUAUGUAUUUAUUCGGAAUCGUUUAGUCGUAGCUGUAUUAUUUUUAAAGAAAAGGGAAAACACUUUAAAAUAUAUAUAGUCUUAAAAAUAGCAGUACUAGAUAGCUGUAAUCAUCAGAAUCACAAACUCGCUGGUGUUUCGACAUAUCAGCAAAAUAUCGACAAAUAAAAUCGCGCAAAUAUCUGCACAAACCAGUUUUAACGUUGAGGAAACAUAGAAGUAUCCGCGACGAACUAGAGUACAAUAGCAAAUGUGUAACGCUAUAGAUGAAUUUUAUCGAAUCUAUUAAAAGUAAAGCAACCUAAGAAGAUUAUUAGAGAAACUUAAGUAUAACGUCAAUCAAAAUUCUAACGAAUUUACGUAGAAAGAAAAAUAGAUAUGAACUUUUCAAUUCAAGAAGUAUACAUCAACAAUGUUCUAUCUCCUCGUUAUAAAUGCAAUAACUACAAAGAGAAGCACUUUUACACACAAUUAUGUACACUAUGUUUUGUACAGCAAUAUUGAACCAAGUUGAACAUUAAAGUAAUUAGAUUUUUAGAACGUUUUUAGCGGUGAGCAUUUUUUAUCAAAUGAAAAGUGGAAAAACAAAGAAAAAUGAGCGAUGAAUGCUUGUUACGCACUCGGCACUCGGUAACAAUAAUUCAAACUCGUCAAUGAUUUGCUUUUUCUAUCGAAUAAAGAAGCGAUGAAAAAUACAAAAUGUAAUUUAUACGCUUUUGUAGAUCAAAGAUGUAAAGGAAUCUAUAUAGUCACACUUUAGAGAGGGAUGACGAUGCUGUGGCCUAUCGAAAGAAAUUAUUGGUGAGAUUGUGCCAAUUAAUAUGUGGUCUUCCAUAAGAUAGCUCCUGCUAAAUGUAUUCGACAUUCGAUGCGUAAAAUGCGUUUCCGCUGUACAUAGAAGUGACGGCGAAAGAGUUGGAAAUGUAAUCGACUCAAUUAUGUAUAUGAAGAAAUGAGAAGCGCAUAGCGUUUGAGCAGUAUGUAAUAGGCAAUGUUAAUAAAUUUCUAUGACAUUUA